GCGUCUCAUUAGCUCCAUCGAUAUCAUCGUCUGACCUACUGUAGCGCCUCAGGAUAUAUAUAAGACCUGACAUCUUCACCGCUGAAGCAGCAUCAUCAUCAUGGUUUACUUGUGUCGAUUCGUGAUAACGAUUGCGUUAUCGUUGGUGGCUGUCUCAGCAGACUCUUCUAUCAUCUUCGACGUCGCCGACGUCGAGGUGACGCCGGGACAGACGCUGACGCUCUCCUGCGGCGUCAGACAAGAGUUCCGUCACUGUUUAUGGGAGAACGAGAGAGGAGACAUCUUCCAGGUUGAGGAUGUCCACGCCGGCGUCCACCCGGGGUUGAGAGCGCCGGAGGACCUCACAGACAACCAGUGCGGCGUCGUCAUCGACUCCGUCAGCGUUGAGGACCUCGGGGCGUGGACCUGCAGGGUCUUCCUGGCUGGCCGGACGCUGCUGGCGUCAAGGAACGUUGGGAAAACUCAGGUCGAUGCUUGUCGUGAUCCGUUUGGAAAGGUCGGGGGAGAGUGCUAUUACUUCCAUACAACUACAGCGUUGACGUGGCAAGAUGCCCGUGACUACUGUCUCUCUGUGGACCCGUUCUCAGACUUGGCUGUGGUCGACGACUGCUUUCAGUUCAGACUUAUCUGGAACCAUAUCCUCAUAUACUUUCCUGGACAUUCGUGGUGGAUCGGUGGGAGUGACCUUGAGCAGAAAGGCGAUUGGUACUUCAUAGACGGGAGUCCAGUACCGAUGGGAACUCCCUUUUGGUAUCCUGGAAGCCCAUCCAGUGAUGGCGACUGCCUUCUUAUAACCAGUACUUAUGGAUACUUGAACGACUCGUCCUGUGAAACACCUUUCAGUUUCAUUUGCCAGCAGUUGUACUGAGCGUAGCUCAUGCUCCUACGUCAACAAGAACAUUAAGGAAAUAUUUAUAGACACCAUUGCUUCGAACUGGUGUAAUUUUCCUCUGGUUCAGGGUUAUGAGGAUCUAUCAAAAUUAUAGAUAGAACUGUGUCUAUUACAUUCAUUACACUUUGCUGGAUCUCUCUCUGGCUCUAAACACACAGCAUUUUAUAAUCAUGUCUGGACUGUAGCAUUGUAAUGUAUUGAACUUUGUAUACAAUUGUUUCGGAAUAUUUAAUUUGUAAUGUUAAAUUAGAUUUUGUUCUCUUGUUAGCAACAGAGAGAACUGUUAUUCAAGGGAUAUAUGCACCGAGACUGACCACAACAGUCAGUAAGAGACAGUCAGUAAAGAACGGUUAGAUGACAUAGUAAAGGUCUGAGAUUCUAUGUAAUACUGUAUUCUUCCACUGACAUAAUAAAUGUAACUCUCAC